AUGAAGAAAGAUUUACUUGUGCUUAAUGAAAACAGUUACCAGACACUUAGUGGUAAUGAAAACAGCUCCCAGACAACUAGUGGUGACAAAAACAGCUCCCAGACAUUUAGCAACUAUGAAGACAACUCCCAGACACUUAGUGAUAAUGAAGACAGCUCCCACAGCUCCAGACACUUAGCUGUAAUAAAGGCAGCUCCCAGACACUUCAUGGUGACAAAAACAGCUCCCAGACACUUAGUGGUAACAAAGACGGCUCCCAGACACUUAGUGGUAAUGAAGACAGCUCCCACACACUUAGUUGUAAUGAAGACAGUUACCAGACACUUAGUGGUAAUGAAGACAACCCCCACACACUUAGCUGUAAUGAAGACAACUCCCAGACACUUAGUGGUAAUGAAGACAACUCCCAGAUUCUUAGUGGUAAUGAAGACAGCUCCCAGACUCUUAGUGGUAAUGAAGACAGCUCCCACACACUUAGCUGUAAUGAAGACAACUCCCACACACUUAGUGGUAACGAAGACAACUCCCAGACACUUAGUGGUAAUGAAGACAGCUCCCAGACACUUAGCUGUAAUGAAGACAACUCCCAGACACUUAGUGGUAACAAAGACAGCUCCUAGACACUUAGUGGUAAUGAAGACAACUCCCACACACUUAGUGGUAAUGAAGACAGUUACCAGACACUUAGUGGUAAUGAAGACAUCUCCCAGACACUUAGUUGUAAUGAAGACAGUUACCAGACACUUAGUGGUAAUGAAGACAACUCCCACACACUUAGCUGUAAUGAAGACAACUCCCAGACACUUAGCUGUAAUGAAGACAACUCCCAGACACUUAGUGGUAACGAAGACAGCUCCCAGACACUUAGUGGUAAUGAAGACAGCUCCCACACACUUAGUUGUAAUGAAGACAGUUACCAGACACUUAGUGGUAAUGAAGACAACUCCCAUACACUUAGCUGUAAUGAAGACAACUCCCAGACACUUAGCUGUAAUGAAGACAACUCCCAGACACUUAGUAGUAACGAAGACAGCUACCAGACACUUAGUGGUAAUGAAGACAACUCCCAGACACUUAGCUGUAAUGAAGACAGCUCCCACACAUUUAGCUGUAAUGAAGACAACUCCCAGACACUUAGUGGUAACGAAGACAACUCCCAGACUCUUAGUGCUCCCAGACUCCCAGACACUUAGUGGUAAUGAAGACAGCUCCCACACACUUAGCUGUAAUGAAGACAGCUCCCAGACACUUAGCUGUAAUGAAGACAGCUCCCAGACACUUAGCUGUAAUGAAGACAACUCGCACACACUUCGCUGUAAUGAAGACAACUCCCACACACUUAUUGGUAAUGAAGACAGCUCCCACAGCUCCAGACACUUAGCUGUAAUGAAGGCAGCUCCCAGACACUUAAUGGUGACAAAAACAGCUCCCAGACACUUAGCUGUAAUGAAGACAACUCCCAGACACUUAGUGGUAACAAAAACAGCUCCCAGACACUUAGUGGUAAUGAAAACAGCUCCCACACACUUAGUUGUAAUGAAGACAGUUACCAGACACUUAUUGGUAAUGAAGACAACUCCCACACACUUAGCUGUAAUGAAGACAGCUCCCAAACACUUAGUGGUAACGAAGACAACUCCCAGACACUUAGUGGUAAUGAAGACAACUCCCAGACACUUAGUGGUAAUGAAGAUAAACAACUCCCACAAACUUAGCUGUAAUGAAGACAACUCCCAGACAUUUAGUGGUAAUGAAGACAACUCCCAGACUCUUAGUGGUAACGAAGACAGCUCCCACAAACUUAGCUGUAAUGAAAACAACUCCCAGACACUUAGUGGUAACGAAGACAGCUCCCAGCUCCCACACACUUAG